AAAGAAAAAAGAGAAAAAAAAUUGAUCGAGGGGAAUCAGCCCGCGAACGACGGCCAGUUCGUCAACCCACCCUACCUUGGCAAAUGGCUGAAGGGAGAUAAUUACAGAUACAAACGUAGGAACGGGGAAAUCAAAUCUCGAGUAUAUAAAUUGGGCGACGACGGUUGCCGAUACUUUUGAGUCCCAAUGGAAAGUGAAGCGGCUGGCGUUGGUCUCAACGCCGCAGAAGGUGUCUCUUCUACCACUCUCUUUGCACGGUGGAGCCAUGCCGUUUCCCGGCGGUAUCAGCACCUUCUCGAUAGGUGUACCCCGUACAUCUUCUACCGUUGGAUCGCCUGUUUUUUCGUCGCCUCUAUCUAUGUCCUUCGGGUUUACCUCAUCGAAGGAUUCUACAUCGUCUCAUACGGUCUCGGAAUUUACAUCCUCAAUCUUCUAAUUGGGUUUCUCUCGCCCCAAGUGGAUCCUGAGAUCCUGGAUCUCCAUGACGGCCCUGCGCUUCCCCUCAGGGAAUCCGAUGAGUUCCGCCCUUUCGUUCGUAGGCUUCCGGAGUUCAAGUUCUGGUACUCCAUCACAAAAGCCUUCUGUAUUGCUUUUUUGAUGACAUUCUUCAGUGCAUUUGAUGUACCUGUAUUUUGGCCUAUCCUUCUAUUUUACUGGGUGGUGCUGUUCACUCUCACCAUGAGGAGACAGAUAUCACACAUGAUCAAAUAUAAAUAUGUCCCGUUCUCCUUUGGUAAACAGCGGUAUGAUGGAAAGGGUGCAGCUUCGAGCGACACCAAGAGCCUUCUGAAGGAUUGAAGUCUUUGGGUAGAUUAAUAGUAGUAAUUAUUUCUAUUAAGUAGAGAACUGGUAAACUUUAUUUAUUCUGCUGUAUUCUUGUUCUCAGUUAGUUCUACACGAGGAGAAGGCGGUAAGAGAUAAUUGUACUGAAGAUAAGUUAGGCUGAUCAUCUGCUGCUGGUUUUUUCAUUUCCCCUCAUCUUUGUACUUCUUUGGAUGUUCCUAUGGAAAAUCAAGUUUCGGGAAGACAUAGUAUGAUUUCUGAAUUUUCCCUUCUCUCCUUGACAGAUGAUAUCCUUCGGUCGUAAAGAUUGAAAAAUCACUGUAAUCCCCAUUCAUCUGUAGGAAAAGCUAUUUUAACGUCGAAUUUCUUCUGA